UUUAUGAGGAAUCACGUCAAUUUGUAUGCAAGAUGGCGCAACGGACACAUUCGUAAACAAGUAUUCCCUCUACAUUACGUGUAUAUCACGGUUCAUACAAUUUCAAAUUGAAAGGAUUUUUAAACGGCCGUUGCUAAGAAGGUUCGUGAAGUAUAUUUAUUAAAACUUUAUUCAAACUAAAAAAAAAAUAUCGAGCUCUCAGAGACAGAGUUUUGAUGGCAUGUCUACUAUUAGUUUCGAUAAAUUUAUUUCAUUAGGACGUAAAGUCGACCAAGGCAUUAGAGAAUUAGAAGAACUAUGGCAUCUACCUCGCGUUUUUGUGGGUGGUUAUGCAGAUCUGACAGAACAAACCGAAGAACACAUAGAAGUGCUAAAAAAAUCUAUUCAAUGCACGCAGGUAAAGAUUAUUGAUGAUAUAAAUAAAAUGAUUCAAGAUAAUGUAUCCAAUCAAGAUGCAAUAAAUGAAAUGAAUAGUUUUCUUAAGGAAGCUGAAGAUGUAUAUAAUACUAUAAAAGAAGAUAUUGAUAACUUAGAAACUGUAUUUGAAGAAUAUGGAUAUCAUUAUGAUAAAAGUAUUGUCAAUGAAACCAUAAAAUCUAAAGAAACUUCUGCAACAAGUGAUUUGAAUGAUUCAGAUGAUAUACAAGAAGUUGUUUUUACUCCUGAUUUGGGUUGGCGUUGUAAGAAAAAGUCUAUUGAUAAGACCUCAUCGAUGAAUGGAGAUUCAUAUUUAUCUGAGGGAAGUGCAAUUCUAAAGAAAAUAACUGAUAUUGCUUUAGAAUCUAAGGAGAGUGAAAGAAAUCAUAAUACAGAUGAUUUAAAUCAUACAGAUAAAGAUAUUUUUACUCCUGUCUCAAGUCGACGUGUGCAAAAGAAAUUUGAUGAUCCAUUAUCCAUAAAUAGAGAUUUAUAUACACCUCGGGAAAAUAAGAUAUUAUUAUCCGCACAAAAGUCAGAAUUAAAUUCUGCAAGGAAUAAGCAAUUAUUGACACCAUUAAGAGAUAGGCCGCAAUAUCAAAUUUACUCAAAACAUUUCUACAGCUUAAAGAAGAAAGAAGCUAAUAAUUAGAUUUAAUUAUAAGAUAUAAGAUUACUCAUACAUUGUAUUAUUGACUAUAAUUCAUAUUAUAUUAAAAAUUAUAAUAUUAAACUUAUUAUAAUAUUUCUGAUAAAUAACAUACAUAAUUAUUAAAAUACUUA